AGGACGACGCUUCCUUCUCUCUAAUCGCAUUCAUCUCUUUGUCGGCUUUUCUCAGAUUAUUAAUUGGGGAUCUUGUCCUUGGGCCUUGGCUUGAUGCAACUGGGAGCAAAUUAGGUAUGUAUAAGGGGGAGAAGUUGUAGGCAUGCUUGGAGACAAAAAGGGUGCUGAAAGCCUACCGUAUAAAGCAGCCCAGAAGAAAUGGGCCGGAGCAAUCCCAUCAUCAUCAUCCAGCCCCACCCUCCGGCACACGCGCCUACAGAACUGCGCGCGUGGUGUUCCCACCAUUUAACCCAUUCGGAGGAAACCGCCUUGCUGAUAUCUCUCCCUCUCUUCUGCGGCGAGCGAUUCACCGGCCGUAUCAAGCAUCCGCCACUCCUGCGACGGCGUAUACGGAUUUCUUGGGAUUUUGAGCCUAGGUCUGAUCUGCGAAGUAGGGUUUUUGAGCUGACGGAUGAUCAAAUGGAGCCUCCGUCACGAGUUACGAUAACCUUAGGUCGCAAGGGUCAGGUGGUGAAGAAGGCAGCGGCUUCCACAGAUUUUUCAUUUGCUGAUUCGCAGCCAUCAGUUGGAAGUAAGCGGUCUGUUAAAGAUAGGCUGGGAGCUGUUGGGGGCUGUACUUCACAGCUCAGCAGUAAACGUCAGCGGGGAGAUGGCAGUGGAUGGAGCAGUAGUGCCUAUAGUGGUGUUGAUGACGCUAGCCUUGAUAAAGAUGAUCUUCGAUUCAAAAUAUUGCGGAAAAGUGUGCUGAACAGAAGGCAAAGUAAUGAAAAACAGAAUGCGGUUGAUCUGCGUGAUGUGCUCUCAAGGUCAGGACAAUCUUCAACUGGACCUAUCAAUACACGGCCACAUAUGCCUGAACCAAAGGAUUCUAGGCUUCAUCAUAUAGACCCACGGGAUAGUAGACACCGUAUGAUUGAAGGUAGGGAUGGUAGGCAGCACAUGCCUGAAAGCAGACGGCUUAGACCUCCAAUGCCAGAUCCAAGGGAUUCUAGACAGCUUAUGUCCGAACUGAAGGAUGUUAGAUAUCAUAUGUCUGAGCCUCGGAGUGCAGACAUUGUCCGACAAACUCCUUCUGCAAGAAAUGUGGAUUCGCCUCUGGUGGACUCAAGAGCCUCUUUUUCACCAUGGACAUUGGAUCGUUUAAGGCGCAAAUCACCAGACGGGAUUUUAAGUUCUAGAGGCGCUUCACCUCCCAUGAGGGGGGAUGAAUUACAGAGAAGACCUACAGUAAGGGCAUAUGAUGACCCUAGACUUGGCUCUCUCAGUAGCAAAGAUUUUUCUCCAUUUUCGCGCCCCGUGAGUUCUACCUAUUUGGCAAACACAGCGCCACCUGCAAGGACAAUGGUUCCAUUGCAUGCAUCAAUUCCUCCACCUGGUAGUCUAGUUCAGAAAGGCUCAUUUGCGGUUGAAGAUGUACCCACUGUUGAUGGAUUUUUGCAUUCAUUGGGUCUGGAUAAAUAUGCCAUAAAUUUUAAAGCAGAGGAGGUGGAUAUGCAUGCAUUGAGGCAGAUGGGUGACAAUGAUCUCAAGGAGUUGGGAGUACCUAUGGGACCAAGAAAGAAGAUCGUACUUGCCUUGUCUCGUACAAAGCGCCACCCAUAAGAGGCAAAAGCUGCCACUGAUGAGAGACAUCACCGGUUCAUGCGUGAAUGCACUUUAUAGUGCAGAAACAGGUUUUCUCAAUCGAUAUCCUCUGGUGCCAUUUUGAGUAAUCGAUCCUCCCAUCGAGUUCUUUAAAACGUCCUAGAAACUCAUUGCUAAUCUUUGUACAUGACAUUUUUGUUGUUGUUUUGCUCCUUUUUCUUGACCAAGCUGAAGCUUUGGCAGUACUGGCCUUGUGGGUUUUAACUCUAAUGACCACCUGUUGGCUCAUUGAUUUUAUCGUAUUGUCGAGUCAAUCGGGUGCUUUGUUUUUCAAAUCCAAGAUGAAUGCAUUUC